UUCCCGAGUAACAAUCCUGACCCUUCUUUACUACUUCAAGGCGAUAUAGAGGAAAGGGGGUCUAUAGCAUCAUAAAGUACAAGUGUUGCAGACACCAUCAGAGAGAAGGCACCAACCUCUAAAGCUAAGGGACGAAGAGGUUCGUCUUAUGCCAAUAUGCAAAUGCUUUCGGCAGUCUUUGUGUUCAGACUCGGAUCAACGCACAGACGGGGUGUUGAAGUGCCCAUGCGUGUAUGGAGUAUGGAGCAGUGUUCUGUUUUGGCGAAACGGGGCUGCAUUUCUGCAGGCUUUCUUAUGCCAUCUGACGGCCAAAAACCACUUACACGUACGCAUUGCUUAUUAGGGUACUUCUCACUGUCCAAUGUUAAGUACGCAGUAGUAUCUCUACUUGUACUUCUGGUAAGAUUACAGGAUGCAAUUUUUCAAGGAAAUGCUGGCAUAAUUCAUUCCUAUAAGCAACUUGGAAAGAUUAAUAAUAAUACGUGGUUCUUCGAAUGAGGCUUUGCAAACACCCUCCUGCUAUGAAACAACGGCAGAUCGUGCCUUCUACAAAUGCAUAAAAGCCAAGCCGAUCGAACAGGCAAGUCCAAAUCAAGCAGCCAAUAAACGGCUCUUUCCCCCUCGCUCUACUCCGUAUACGGGUCGCGUCGCU